CGUCGUCUCUGUCUGCGGCCGAGCUCGCCAGGGCAAGAGCUUCAUCCUCAACCAGCUUCUAGGAAGGAGCAGUGGGUUCCAAGUAGCCUCUACUCAUCGACCAUGCACGAAGGGCUUGUGGAUGUGGAGUGUGCCCAUAAAGAGAACUGCUCUUGAUGGAACUGAAUACAAUCUUCUAUUGCUGGAUAGCGAAGGAAUUGAUGCCUAUGAUCAGACGGGGACAUACAGUAUUCAGAUAUUCUCGUUGGCUGUCCUUUUGUCAAGCACGUUCAUAUAUAACCAGAUGGGUGGCAUAGAUGAGGCUGCACUUGAUCGUCUAGCUCUUGUUACUGAAAUGACUAAACAUGUUCGUGUUAGAGCCUCUGGUGGGAGAUCUACGACAUCUGAGCUCGGUCAAUUUUCACCAGUUUUUGUCUGGUUGCUAAGGGAUUUCUAUUUGGAUCUUGCUGAAGAUAAUAGAAAAAUUACACCUCGCGAUUAUUUAGAGCUUGCCCUGAGGUCCGUGCAAGGAAGUGGGAAAAAUAUAGCUGCGAAAAAUGAGAUUCGGGAGUCCAUUCGAGCUCUUUUUCCAGAUAGGGAAUGCUUCACACUUGUGCGACCAUUAAACAAUGAACACGAUCUUCAACGGUUGGAUCAGAUUCCUUUAGAUAGACUCCGUCCCGAAUUCAGAUCAGGUUUAGAUGCAUUGACAAAAUUUGUUCUUGAACGAAGCAGGCCUAAACAAGUAGGGGCUACUACUAUGACCGGUCCUGUUCUUAUUGGUCUCACACAAACUUUCUUGGAUGCCUUCAAUAAUGGAGCUGUGCCUGCUAUAUCCUCUUCAUGGAAGACUGUUGAAGAGGCUGAGUGCCACAAGGCAUAUGAUUUUGCUGUUGAUGUUUACAACACAUCUUUUGACCGCACUAGACCAGCUGAGGAGCCGAUCAUGAGAGAAGCACAUGAAGCUGCUGUUCAAAACUCACUUGCUGCUUUUGGUGCUGCUGCUGUUGGGGCUGGUCCGACAAGGGUGACUUAUGAAAAGCGUCUUCACAACUAUUUCAGAAAAACAUUUGAGGAUUACAGCAGAACUGCUUUCCUAGAGGCAGAUUUGCGAUGUCAAGAAACCUUACAAUGCAUAGAAAAGAAGUUGCGAGCAGCUUGUCAGCUUCCUGACAUUAAGCUUGAUUAUGUAAUUCAGGUAUUGGAUAGUUCGCUAUCAGAAUAUGAGACAUCUGCUCAUGGCCCUGGAAAAUGGAAAUUGUUGGCUGCUUUCUUACUGCAGUGCUUGGAGGGGCCAGUACUGGAUGUUUUAAAGAAACAGUUAGAUCAUGCCGAAUCAGAAAAAGGUGCUCUUCUGUUGAAGUGCCGGUUAAAUGAAGACAAGUUAAUGUUGUUAAGGAAGCAGCUUGAUGAAAAUGAGAAGCACAAAGAUGAAUAUAUGAAACGUUACGAAGAAGUUAUCAAGGAGAAGCAAAAAAUAUCCGAAGAUUAUAGCAGUCACAUUUCAAAUUUGCAGAGUAAAUGCAGCACCAUGGAGGAACGCUGCUCUAGUGUAUCAAAAGCUCUCAAUCUCGCUAAAAGAGAAUCUUCUGAUUGGAAAAUUAAAUAUGAUGAUACUUGUAUAGAAUUGACGGAUAUGGAUGAAAAAUACACUACUCAAAUUGCUGCACUUGAGUCUAGGAUUAAUGCUGCUGAAGGAAGAUUAGCAGCAGCACGUGAACAGUCAGAAAUUGCUCAAGAAGAAGCCUCAGAGUGGAAGCGGAAGUAUGCUGCUGCUGUUGAUGAGGUCAAAAAAGCAUUGGAGAGAGCAGCAUUAGCACAGGAACGUACAAUAAAGGGGGCACGUGAAAGGGAAGAUGCUCUGAGGGCAACAUUCUUAGAUGAAAUGUCGGAAAAGGAAGAGGAAAUCAAGAACUUAACUACAAAACUGGACAAUGUUGAGAACCUCAGGAAUACCCUAGUUGUGCAACUGAAGGAUGCCGAGUCAAACUUCAAGAACAGGGAGCUGGAGGUUUCAUCCUUGAAGGAUGACAUCAAGAACUUAAUGGUGAAACUAGAAAGUGUUAUCACUACAGCUCAAUCGCACGAGAAAGAAGCCAGGAUACUUGAGCAGGAAAAACAUCAUCUUCAAGAGAAAUAUUCAACUGAACACAAAAAACUUGAUGAAAUAAGUGAGAGGUACAAAGCUGCUGAAAACGAUGCCAGAAAAGCAACAGAAUUAGCAGAUAUUGCUCGUGCAGAGGCUGCUGCUGCCCAAAAAGAAAGGAGCGAAAUUCAACGAUUGGCAAUUGAGAGACUGGCGAUAAUCGAAAAAACAGAAAGACAGGUCGACUACCUUAAACAAGAGAAUACCAAACUGGUAACUGAAGUAUCGGCAUUGCGACAAUCUGAGACAGAUGCAUAUUCAAAAAUUGCUAUACUUGAGAGCAGAGUUGAUGAGAGGGAGAGGGAAAUCGAAGAAAUGUUAAAUAGGAGCAACGAGCAAAGGUCAAGCACAGUGCAAGUGCUCGAGAAGCUUCUAGCAACAGAAAGAGCAGCAGCAGCAGAAGCAAACAGCAGAGCUGAAGCUUUAUCAUUGCAGCUACAAGCAACUCAAGGUAAACUGGAUGCACUUCAUCAUGAGUUAACAUCAGUUCGUUUGAAUGAGACAGCGCUUGAUAGCAAGCUAAGAACUGUGUCCCAUCAUGGGAAAAGAUCGAGGGCAGCAGGUAGUUGUAUUGGUGCAGAAUCCGUUGAGGACAUGGACAUUGAUGGAGUUAAAGUUAAGGGUAAGAAGAGAUCCAAGAGUACUACUAGCCCCUCGAAGUAUUCUCAGGUGGAAGAAGUUAGCAACGGGAACGAGGAAAAUCAAGGUACUGAGUCAUGUGAGGAUUAUGCUAAGUUUACUGUUCAGAAACUGAAGCAGAAGCUCACAGAACAGGGAUUUGGUGCAGAAUUGUUGCAGCUGAAGACUCCGAGUAAGAAAGAGAUUAUUGGUCUCUAUGAGAAGCAUGUUCUCAAUAGGUAGCAGCACAGGUUGUAUCAAUUAGAGUUUUUAUUGGAUUCUUGCAAGUAAUAUUAGUGGUUUAUGUACAACAGGUUCUGAGAUUGACGUGGUGGUUUUUUUUGGUUUUUUUUUAUAUGGGUUUAAGAGUGAGGUUUAGUGAUCAGAUAUAUAGAAGAGAUCGAUGAAAGAAGGAAAAAAAGAUGUGACGAAUGUACGGGCGAAGUUACUAGCUUGUUUCUUACUUUUCCAGACGGUUGUUUUUUAUUGGCUUUUGGUCGUGCUGUAUUUACCUCGUAUCUUUGUUUCUUGUAUUUACGGUAUAUGAUUUGUCAUGGACUGAUUUUGUAAUGACCAAAAUGAUUUGUUAUAGUAUGACUUCCCCCGUGAUCA